AUGUUAAGUGGGGCAUUUAGUGGCCUUUUGGCUUAUGGUAUAUCAUUUCUUGAUCAAGCUCAAGGUUUGAGCGGUUGGAAAUGGGUAUUUAUAUUUGAGGGUAUACCAACCAUUCUUAUUGGAAUCUAUACUUCUCUAUUUUUACCGAAUUUCGUAGAAGAUUCUAGAUUCUUGAGUAAUAAUGAAAAAAGAAUAGUAUUAUCUAAGCUUCCUCCAACUUCUCCAAGGAAGGAAGAUAGUGCUUUUAAUAUGAAUCAGAUAAAGCUGCUACUUAAAGAUCCAACAUUCUAUACCUACUCUGGAAUAUGGCUUUUUCAAGGAUUAGGUGGGUGGGGUAUUUCCUUUGUAUUGCCUACAAUAAUUUAUGAACUUGGAUUUACAGAUACGGCUAAGACACAGUUGAUGCAAUUACCUCCAUCAAUAGCUGGAUUUAUUUUACUUAAUUUGCUUGGUUACUUAAUUCAUGAAAGAAAAUUGAAACCAUUUCCUACAUCAUUUAUUUUGUCAUUUGUUCAAAUUAUAUGUUAUAUUGUUUUACUAACUAUAAAUAAUAGUGUAGGAAAGUAUGCCAUGUUGAUUAUUGCGUAUGUAUAA